AUGGUUCCAGUACAACGUUGAUCCAGCGAUUUCAAUUCAGAGCACACGCACGUACUGACGUACACACACCCCCUUUAAAAAACCCCCGCCCGCAUCCGUUCCGUUCCACGGCGAGCAAAAGCGCACACGAGAUAGACAAAGCCACUCAACAGCGCGCGCGUUCCAGAUCGGUGAGAUGGACUCUUCCGGGGGCGACCGCUACAGGUCUCACCUGGCCGGCGAGGGCGAGAAGAACACCGUGUGGCGGCACGGCGCGCCGCCCACGUACGACGCCGUGAACGCCCUCUUCGAGGCCGAGCGCACACAGUCGUAGCAGCGAUCCAUCUCCCCUUGCAAACGCAUGCAGGAGUGGCCGGCGGGGUCGCUGGAGGAGGUGGUGCAGAACGCGAUCAAGACGUGGGAGAUGGAGCUGUCGCACAAGGCGCGCCUCUCGGACUUCAAGUCGGUGAGCCCGGGGCGGUUCACCCUGUCCGUGAACGGCGGCCGCGCGCGGAGCGGGGAGGAGACGCUGGCCGUGGGCAGCUACAACGCGCUGCUGGACAGCCCGCUCCUGGCGAGUGCGGGCGCGUACGACGCCGCGGCCGAGACGUUCGCGUCCUCGCACGACCUGUUCCGCGCCGCGUUCCCGCGCGGGUUCGCGUGGGAGGUGCUUGGCGUCUACUCCGGCCCGCCCGUGAUCGCCUUCAAGUUCCGGCACUGGGGGCACAUGGAGGGGCCCUACAAGGGCCACGCCGCCACCGGCGAGAAGGUCGAGUUCCGCGGCGUCGCCGUCCUCAAGGUUGCUGCGUUUCCUUUGCCCCACGCGCCUUAUCAGUUACAGGCUAAUACUAGGUGGACGAGCAGCUGCGGGCGGAGGACGUGGAGGUGUACUACGACCCGGGCGAGCUUUUGGGUGGGCUCCUCAAGGGCCCCAAGGUGGCUUCCUCCGAGGAGGAACGCGGCGAGGUGGUGCUCGCCGAGAGGCUCAGCGAGGCGGCUACCGUGUCGGCGUCCGGUGCUGACCCGCCACCGCGAGCCUGCCCCUUUCUAAGCUCCGGGAAGCCGCAGUGAUCAGCCAACCAAGAUGGCGGCCUGGCGAAUAAAAACGUGUCCAGAGUCUGUGAACCUCAUCGGGGUACUGUACUGCAUUAAUUGUUGUUUCGUGAUCUGAAGAAAUUUGGACACUGGAGGACUCCUGGGAAGAAGGACAAGCCUGAAAGUGAAGUUGAUCGUGUUGUGUAAUAUUCGUUGAACAACAAAAAAGAAGUUGAUCGUGUAGUGUUAGUGGAAUAGUGGUAGUGUUUGUUGAUUGCUCUUUCGUUGUUGGAAGCCGUCGCCUUGGCUUAUCUAAGUACCAGCAAUAAUGUCAGCUUUGUGGAAAAGAUUGUUUGUC